GGCCAAGUCUUGUGCGGUCUAUUGAUCUUUGAUAGUCUGGCGGUCUUUGUUGUCUUAAGCUGUUGGUGGCAAAGCACCUGGGCCGAGUCGCGGAUAUCAGAGUGUGUUGGAGAACGUUUUAACUGAACCUCGUCAUGGGGUAGUGCGCUGUCGUUCCGGGUUAUUAAUAUUCAGUGCCGCUAGUGGUCAGUGCGGACACAGUACUGGGCAGGCCGUCAGACGAGGACGUGCAGGGGAUCCAGGCCUUGCUGGACACUGUUAAUUUAGAAGGAAAGUUUUCAUUGCGGGUCUUCUCUUUCGGACAUGUUGCAGUAUGACCUUCUGGUCCCGCUAUGACCCGGUCAGCCAGCCCAGAGGGAACACCGACCACUGGUCAAACAUGAAAACAAGGACCAGUAUGUUCCGCGUCGAUGUGGGAGGCUCGGCUCUUGGGCGAGAUGGCGAUGGAACGACGUCAUGGUUGAGCCCGUCGACCGGCUUCGACUGGUCCACGGGGGGCAACCGACGACUCGCCAACCAGUCUUUCGACGACCACAUUCACGGGAGUCUCCAGGGCAAUGUGCCAGGGAGUUACGACAAGGUGAGGUCCAGGACGACACUGCCCGACAUUACACUGAGGAACUCGUACCACGAUAGGGCCAAGGAGGGAUUCAGGUACUGGUUGAUGGAGAAGCCCAAGCCUACUUCAUACGGCAGGUAUGGGAUUGGAUCCUUUAAGACGGUGCUAGGCGUUGGCAACGCCCCAAGAACAUAGGAAAGCACACCAUGAAGCUGAUGACAUCAUGAUUUUACUAGCGCUUCGCCAAUCAUCAAGCUCUGGAUCGCAGCGGGAUAGAGAAUUACGAUUUGAAAUUAUGGGAUGCGCUUCUUACCCAAAUCAUGUUAUUAUGCAAGAUAAAAUCCAGCCUAUGGUGUAAUUCCAUAACAGAUAUGGCAUUUAUAACCUCGUGACAACGCAUGUGAAGGAUACUUUAAUCUGGUGUCAUCACGAGGUUCACCAACAGCUCAAGUGUGGACGCCUAUGGUGUUAUAUAGCUGAGCGUGUAUACGUAUGUUAAUGUGUUCCUUAUAACGUGUUCCAAGUCAUAUAUUCCGUCCUGACAAAAACUGCCAAAAUGAUUUUACCAAAGUGGAACUGUUGUUUCUUUCUUAUCCGUCCAUAUUGCGUACUGAACUGCUGUAUCCAGAGAUGGCGAUGCUGUUUAACAUACACUUGGAAACACGUUAAGCACCACUCCUUCCCUAUUCUCCUUUAUUCCUAACUUCUCUGUAGAUUUUGGGAAUAUCUACACGUGACAUCGAUCUUAUUUCUACAAGUAUCAAAGACACCACCGAUGCCUAACAACUAAUAAUGAAAACACUCUAGAUGGUCGCAAAGACUGGAUCAAAUAGUUGUCAAAUAGCUAUUGCUAUAGUAACAUAACAUUGGUCAAUUACAUAAACAAUUUGUUUCUGUAUUUCAGUAUGAGUAUGCCACCUUAUAUUAUUUUUUAUUUUCUUAAAAUCACCUUGUAAUCAAAUCAGAUGUGUUUCGUUGAAAAAUAAAUGCAUGAUAAGAAUUUUUUUUCGAAUGGCUUAGGAAUGUAUGGAAAUAUAGGAUAGUUAUCGGUGCCUAACAAAUUUCCAGGCGUAUUUUUGUAUGUUGUACAGAAAAUGUAAUAGGUGUACAUAGAAUCAGGGCUCUUGACUUCGAGGGACUUUGUUAGAUGCUGCUUCCUGUUAGUUUUGCAAAGAAAAGAACUUUUCAAGACUUGCAGAUAUUAUGAAAGUAUAUGAUUAACAUCACGGAACAUUCCCAGACUACACUGUACCGGUAGUCGUAUGGACCUUUCGUCGUUUCGAAAAACCAGUUCGAGGUUCUUUCUUUUACGUUCCACAUUUUGGAUGCCAAGUCGUAGCAGAGGUCAACCUGUAGACGAAGACUCGAGGUUCUCCCUGUGCAGUAGUGUGUAUGUGUUGUAGUAACCCGCGUUAUAUAGGGGUCGGGCGCAGUCCCUCUUUUUACAGAGCCCAAGGGGACCCCAUACCGAAUCAGUAUUACUGACUGUAUAUAGAAGUUUGUGUGUGAUUAGCUUAUGUUUUCAAACUGCACUGUAUGAAAUGCAAAUAAUAUAUUAAGAUGCAUUUGAGCUAGAUGUCUCUGUUUGACAAAAUCGGUUAACUUCGUUUCUUGUUCGAGGAACUGAGUUAUCAGAGCCCGUGUUUCGCCAUAACACUACACUGAGGUUCAUAAACGUUUUGCAAAUCAAAGCGUUUUAAACGCAUAAACAUAAUGUUGUUAGGUGUCGUUGGAAACGUUUCCAUAACGGCAGAAAACAGAAUGUUGAAUAGUGAUCGCUUUGAUAGGUCCCUCAAGUCGAGACAGUAGAAGUUGAUAGUUAAUAAAAGAAUCUGUAGAGUCGAGCACAGAACAUAUAGUAUUCACGUAGUGACAGGGUCUGAAGCUAAGUUUUCAGCCCUAGCUGUAAAUCUGUCGUAUAUUUAUUAAUGAAUGAAAAUACUUAUUAUAUCAUUUAUAAAGAAUAAACUUGCUUAAUGAAA